UUUAAACAGCAACUUCAUGUUCUACUACAGCUGGCCGCCAGCUGAUUGAAAAUCGUGUGAGAAAAGUCAAUAAAAGUAGGUGCGCUUCUGUGGAUAUAUUGAUAACGUGGCUACACAGUGACAUAUUUGUGCGUUAUGUGAAUAACAGGUGUAGUUUACGACAAUAUCAAUCGAUAUGGCCGUGCAAAAUAUCGCAGUGAAAUUAUGUGGUGUAUUGCAGUCGCAGUCAGAUGAAGAAGUGACCGCUAGAGAAUGGCGACUGCUGGGGCAAGAACAAGAUGGAUCCCAAUUGCUGUCCUGGGUUUCAAAAAAUGGCAUCAAUGACGUACUUAAUAUUGGUGUUUAUACCAACAAAACCAAAGUUUUGACCACUCUCUACACUUUCCAAGAAAAAUUAAAUAUAAUACAAGCAUCGGUGAAUGCUACUCGUAGUUUGCUGGUAUAUGUUGUAAAACAGCUACCCAGUGAAGAUGGUGACUGUGAACAGCCACUGUAUUGUCCCUAUUUAAUCUGUUUACUCCCCGAUAAAGAGAGCAGCCCAGUGGAAGUGGAAGAAGGGUCUACAAAACAGAUAAUGGUGCAGUAUGUUUAUGGAAAGAGCAAUAAAUAUAGCCCAGGAAUAAGGAAUGAUCGGUUUCUUCUGUUUAAACAUUUGGAAUGUAUUAAAAUAUACCGCACACCAUUGUUCUUGAAUGAGUGUGAUGAUGGAACAGAAAAAUGGGGCUUUGACGGCAUCUACACAGAGCCAGAGACAAUAGUGAAGGUUUUCUCAUGGUCGCAGUGGGACUGUGCUAAUCAGGUGCUUUACUACAUUCACUAUCGCCCACCGACGCAGAGUUUCGCCGAAGGUGAAGAGGUAAAGUCGCCAUCCGAAGCAACUCCGACGCUUUCAGCUCUCCAGUUCCACGCUGAUUUGCCUCAUGAAACAGUUUUGAACAUUCCGCUGAGCCUGCCGCACGUGGCGAGCUCGAGCGAGGGUGCCGCGUGUGGUGCGUACGAGGAUGAUCCCGUGCCACUGCGGGUACACGACUGCAGCCUGGACCUUCAGAUCGUGUGUGACCAGAGGGGCAUAAUAUGCAUAUGCCAUCACUACCUGUAUAAGCCUCUAGACGACUCAACCACAUCCCUAGUACUGGAAGACUGUGCGGAUCUGAAGGAUUCGGGCGUAAACUUCGCCUAUUCAAUAACGCUGCUACAGCAUGGUUGUGUAGUGCACUGUGUGGUACCUGACCUGCCGUGGACUCGCGCCAAGUCCUUGAGGCCAUCGUAUACGUUAUAUGCAGAAAACCAUCUCCUAGUGAACAUUCCAAUGUUAUUCACUCAUCUCAUCGACAUCAGUUUACACCACGAGCCGUGCUGCCACAUCGUUAUACCGAUGGAAGACAGCGACAGUGGGCCCAGCCUCGCCCCACUGCUGGGCUGGGGACCCCACGCCAUGAUCGAUCUCAACACUUUAGAUGUAGUGAUGAUGACUGUCCAAGAGAAGGACAUCACGGCGACGUUCAAAAGUAACACAGCUAUAGAGAACAAACUUGCGAUUAUGCAUUACUUGAUACAGCAUGAGGGCAAUAUGGAUCUGGCUGAGGAGUUGAUAUCGUGGAUGUGCGUGAACCAGCGCGAGGGUCUGGGCGCGUUGCAGCGCGUGAUGCAGGAGUUCCUCAUCGGGACCACGUACGCCGUCACCCGGCGCUCGCUGCCCACCUCCGCACUCGGCCUCAUGAAGAUGCUACCCUUCACACUCCAUCUCAAGUUUGGUGACGUUAAGGUGUGGGAGACGUCGGUGUCGGUGAGCCAGGAGAAGCUGUGGAACAGCGCGGCCGUGGUGCUGGCGCCGCGACAGCGCGUGUGUCAGUUCGCGGAGGACGUCUGGACGAGAGUCUGGGCCGCGCUCAGCCGCCCGCCCGGCCCGCGCCUGCAGCCCGCGCACGUGCUCGACAAGCUGCGCGUCAGCCUCCACUGCUACCAGCCGGAAGCGUUGUCGCGGUGCACCACGCCGCUGUCCCCGAUGGGCGGGGGCGUGGGCGGCGUGGGCGGCGGGGGAGUCCCGGGGAUCCCGGGGGGAGGAGGCUCGGGCGCGACCGGGCGGCGCGCUACUCACCAGGACCUGCUGCCGUUCUUCGAGGUGGACGUGUGCACGGCCAGUAAGCAGGAGCACGUGAUCGCUGCGAAUCUGCGCGAGGUGAGCGUGCACCUCAUGCGGUCCAGUGAGCGGGCGAAGGGCGGGGGCGGGGGCGUGGGCGGGGCGGGGGGCGGGGCGGGCCCGGAGGGCGGGGGCGGGGCGGGGCUCGAGAGCGGCGUACACGCGCUCGCCACGCGCUGGGCGGCCGCGCAGCUUGACGCCUCGCGCGCGCUCUGUCGAGCUGUCACGAGGGCAGCCGCCGCCGCGCCGGUACACCACCAGCACAGGGGGUUCACCUUCAUUGAUGAAAUGGACCCUACGCACGCGUACAUAGUGUUCAAACUCCUGGAGCAGUACUUCCUCGCGACGGACUCGAUCGCGUUCCCGCUGCCGGCCGGGUUCAGUUCGUUCUUCACGUACCUCGGCUACCGCACGCUACCGUUCCACGCGUUCAUUCAAUACGUGCAUAGAAACGUGUUCGAACUGCAGAUCGACGUGCUGAAGGCUAUUAUAGCUUGUAAGGAUGACAGCGAGAAAACAGUGAGAAACAAGCUCCGGCUGAUCCAACUGGUGGGCGAGGGCCGCGGGCGGCGGGCGCUGGCGGCGUGGCCGCACCGCCGCGCGCUGGUGCUGCGCGCGCGCGACCACGCCGCCUCCCUGCUGAGCGGCGGCGGCGCGGGGGCGGCGGGGGCGGCGGGGGCGGCCGCCUCCGCCAGGCACCGGCCCGCGCGCGACGCCGGUAUCGCAGCGUUACCAUCCGGCGAGCGUCUGUCGCCACUCGACACAUUUUUGGAUCUACUGACGGCUAAAGCGAGCCUCAAUGAACUGGACUUCAACCUCAUUAUAGAGGCGACAUUAGCAUCAGUGCAACAAGAUACAGCAGCAUAAUACAAAUUAUUGUAAUUCCCAUAGCAGUCCUUAUUUAAAAGGAUUAGACAAACAUUAUAUAAUAAAUGCGAAAUUAAUGGAAAUAUGAGUUACCAUUUGUAUAUCGUAGUAACUCCUAUAUGUUAUCAUAUUUAUAUUACUCGUAUUAAUACUAUAAUACGAGUAUAUACGAUACUGUAUGAUUUUUUGCCGUUCGGAGAAAAAUAUUAAACUAAAAUAAACAAUAUUUACUCAUUAAUAGUAGUAAGUUGAUUGGACUAAAUCAAUUUACUACUCGCGACAUCUAUCUAUACUUAUUAUUAUUAUUAUCAUAGUGAUAUGACACAAUCUAUAAUAAUUCUAGUGAGGUCCUUUUACAAUAGUAGUGCUAUUAAUAAUUGAACUACAAUUAUAAUUACCAGCGAUUUAAUUUUCUCUAAAUAUAUAGUAGAGGUUCACUCUACACUAUGUAUAGCACAGUGUUUUUUUAUCGCGUAUAGAUCGGGUAUGGCUUAAAUGUAUUUGGGAAUGUACCAUGUUAUUUUUAUUUGGUAAAAGGAACUAAAGAAAUCCUCAGCAUUUUUAGAUUAAAAUUAACAAAAAAAGGUGUUCCCCAAAAUAAAUUUCAAUUUUAAUAUCCAUCAAAUCUUAUUAUUCUUAUUAAGUCUUUUUUUUCCUCACGGCAAAAGUCAGGUGUCAUUCUGGUAUCUUUUCUUGUGUAGCUUUGGAAUGUUGUAUUCAUUACUUUAAAAUAUAUUAUGAUCAGUAUAUAAUUUGAUAGUGUAAUCUGCUGAGCGGCUAUAUUAAUUGAUAGUGUAAUUUAAGAGUUAGGUAUUUUUCAGACCAAAGAAAAGCAUAAAUGUGUUUUGUUGUGUUAUUUGUCAUUCCAUAUUAGUGCAAUAUAUGAUAGUUUAAUUAUUAAAUUAUUAUUUAAGUAUUUAAUUUAAAAUAAUGUCUUGUGAUAUU